AUGGAUUCUAGAAAGAGUGAGGUACCUGAGACUGCUCAAGAGCUUAUUUCAAGAAUUGAAAAAGAAGCAAAUGACUGUCAGAAUAGAAAUUCGAAGUCUGUUUUGAAACAUACAUUUACUCUUAAGAAUGGCACCAAGAUUGAUAGCUGGAAAUUACCAGAAUUUGGUUCUAAAAAAACGUUUAAAACACUUAUAGAUAUUCGAGGUCUUUUUUCUAUAACAAACGAAAAAAAUCAUCACGAAAUCGUAAUUAGAGGUUAUAAUAAGUUUUUUGCUGUUAAUGAGACGGAAAUAACUAAAUGGAAAACAUUAGAAAGACUCACUAAAGGGCCUUAUACACUAACUUUGAAAGAAAAUGGAUGUAUUAUUUUUAUUUCUGCCCUUGCAGAUCUUUCUUUGAUUGUUGCGAGUAAACAUUUCAUGGGACCGGCUGCUUGUGGUAUUUCUAGUCAUGCACAAAUGGGUGAGACAUGGUUAGAUAGACAUUUAUUGUCUGUUGGUCGUACCCGAAAACAACUAGCACGUGUAUUGCGUGAAAAAAAUGUUACACUUGUCUCAGAACUAUGUGAUGAUUCAUUUGAAGAACAUAUUAUAGAAUAUCCUCCUGAAAAAAGAGGGCUUUAUCUUCAUGGAAUUAAUAAAAAUGAACCUGCUUUUUCGACUGCUCCGUUUAAUGAAGUAUGUUCUUUUGGAGUUGAAUGGGGAUUUAAACAAGUUGAUUAUAUAAUAUUUGAAUCCCUUUUAGAAUUAAGAAACUUUAUUGAAGAUUCGGAGAAAUCAGGAUCCUAUCACGGAAAAGAAGUUGAGGGAUUUGUAAUACGAUGUAAAUCUAAGAAUUCUGAUGAAGAUACAUGUUUUCGUGAUUUUUUUUUCAAAUAUAAAUUUAAAGAGCCUUAUUUUCUUUAUAGAAGAUGGAGGGAAGUGACUCGUGCAAUUAUAUCUAAUACAUAUAAGUUUAGUACUUCUGAUAUUGAAAUUACAAAACAGUAUGCUAAAUGGGUCCGUCUUUUACUAAAGAAAGAGCCUGAUCUUUCUCUAAAAUAUAAGCAAAAUCAUGGUAUUGUGGCUCUUAGGAAGCGUUUUUUAGAUGAAUAUAAUUAUUCCCAUUCAGAUCUUACGAAAUUACUUAACAUGAUGACUACUGAUGACUUAGAAGAUAGAAGUAUUUUGCUUGUUACUAUUGGUACUAUUGGCUGCGGGAAAACAACACUUGCUGUUGCAUUGUCAUCUCUAUUUGGAUUUGGUCAUAUUCAAAACGAUAAUAUUACAGGAAAGAAAACAAAGAUUCAGAAGUUUGUAACAAGCAUUACAGAAGCAUUAAUGCAUUAUCAUGUUGUUAUAGCAGACAAAAAUAAUCACAAAUUUGUAGAAAGGAAAGAAUUGAUUCAUUUGGUUUCAGAAUUAUCUCCAGAUACACGUUUUAUUGCUCUUUAUUAUUAUCAUUAUGAUAAAGAUGCUAGUUUAUCUUGUAAAAAACAGGAAUUAAAUAAGAUUUUGAAAAUCACUCAGGAUAGAGUCUUUGCACGUGGAAGUAAUCAUCAAACAAUUGAUGCAUCGCCAAAUAAAAUCAAAGCUGUUUUAGGAAUUAUGAAUGGUUUUCUUUCUAGAUUUGAACCUUUAGAUCGUAGUAAAGAACCAGAUAGUUUAUUUGAAAAUGUUAUUAUUUUAGAUCCUACGAAAGAUACGAGAUAUAAUUUGGAAAUUGUGGUUAAAAGGCUCCACGAAAUUAUUCCGAAAUAUAUUACAGAAAUACCUACAGCAUUUCAAAUGGAUAAUGCUGUAUCUUCAGCUUUGAAUGAUUAUCGUCCUUGUAUUUCGUCUGUUUUUCCUUGUUUUUCUCAAACUCCGGAAUAUUUUGCAAUUGUUCUUAAAGACAAUUUAGCUCUUUAUGUAGAAGAAAUUAUGCAAGGACAAAGUGAAGAAAAGCGCACUUUUUGGGAACAUUUAAAGAGUUUAUCUCGUGUACAGCACACCUUUCAUGUUACUUUAAUUCAUAUUGCGGACAAAUCGAAAUAUCCUGAAAUUUGGGACUCUUAUUUAUCUCGAAUCGAUAAACAUGGUGUAAUUUGUCAAGCCAAUGUUGAGUUUACACAUCUUGUUUGGAAUUCCCGGAUUAUGGCUUUGGCCGCAAAAAUAAUUGAUGCACAAAAGAAAAAACUUAUAUCAGUGAACCUUUAUCCUCAUGCUACUAUUGGGACAGAAAACAAAAUGAUUUUUGCAAAGGAAUCAAAUGAUUUACUUGCCUUUUGGAAAUCACAUCCUCAUGAUUCUAGUAUUAUGGCUUUAGUACUUACUCCUAGGCUAUUUAGUGGAAUUGCUGUUGCCGUAUAUCCAACUAAAUCUACAAUAUAA